AUGCGCGCGCGGGAACCCGCCCUCCGGGCCGGUGCACGUGGCCCCGCGGGCCGGCGUGCGUGCGCGCGCCCGCUCUGCGUCCUGCGCCCGCCCGCGCCCGCCGCGCCGCGAGCCUUUCCCUCCGCGCCAGGCCGACGGGUGUGGCCGCCCGAGCCCGCGGCGUGCUUCUUCUCGAAGGGGGCCGGCGGGGGGGGCGGGGGCAGGCGGGGGGCGGGCGGGGGCCCCUCGCCGACGCGUGCUGUCCCGCAGCUGGUGCUGGUCGGCGACGGCGGCACCGGGAAGACGACGUUCGUGAAGCGUCACCUGACGGGUGAAUUCGAGAAGAAGUAUGUAGCCACCUUGGGCGUGGAGGUCCACCCGCUGGUGUUCCACACGAACAGGGGGCCCAUCAAGUUCAACGUGUGGGACACGGCCGGCCAGGAGAAGUUCGGCGGGCUGCGGGACGGCUACUACAUCCAAGCCCAGUGUGCCAUUAUAAUGUUUGACGUCACGUCAAGGGUUACUUACAAGAAUGUGCCUAACUGGCAUAGAGAUCUGGUACGAGUGUGUGAGAACAUCCCUAUUGUGCUCUGUGGCAACAAAGUGGACAUUAAGGAUAGGAAAGUUAAGGCAAAAUCAAUUGUCUUCCACCGAAAGAAGAAUCUUCAGUACUAUGACAUUUCUGCCAAAAGUAACUACAACUUUGAAAAGCCCUUCCUGUGGCUUGCUAGAAAACUAAUUGGAGACCCUAACUUGGAGUUUGUCGCCAUGCCCGCUCUUGCCCCACCAGAGGUUGUCAUGGACCCAGCUUUGGCAGCACAGUACGAGCAUGAUCUAGAGGUUGCUCAGACAACUGCUCUCCCGGAUGAAGAUGAUGACCUGUGAGAACGUGCAGCUGGAGCCCAGCGUCAGAAGUCUAGUUUUAUAGGCAACUGUCCUGUGAUGUCAGUGGUGCAGCGUGUUUGCCACUUUAUUAUAUAGCUGAGCAGAACAUGUGCUUAAUCUUUGGGAUGCUGAAGGAGAUGAAUGGGCUUCGGAGUGAAUGUGGCAGUUUAAAAAGUACUUUCAUUUUUUGGACCUGCAUAUUUAGCUGUUUUGGAACGCAGUUGUUUCCUUCCUGAGUUUCAGAUACGAGACUGCUAUAGUCCCAUCACAAUAUCAAGUGGUGAAAUCUCGUUUGUCACUGUCAUUCCCAUUCCUUUUCGUUUAGAAUCAGAAUAAAGUUGUAUUUCAAAUAUCUAA